AUGGCAAUGAUGGCUCAGCUCCGUUACUCCCCUCUUUCUGGCCACUUUUCGAGCCCGACCGGCAGCUCUGGCGAGAUCCCUAAAUUCGGCCUCAAAUUCGCCGACAGUACUUCCGCAAAGCCCCUCUCCCUCCCUUCACUAAAAUGCAGCGGAAAUUCAAUGUUAAGAAAUCUUUGUUUCCAAACCAAACUCGGCCCGCCUUGUGCUGCUUCAGGCGGCGGUGACAUCAGCGGCGGCGGGAUUGGCGGUGACAACAGAGGGUGGAGCGGCGGCGGCAGCGGUGGCGAUGGAGAUUCCGACGAACCCGAGCCAUCAUCAGUAGACAGGUUCGGGCCAAUCGGGGCUUUCAUCAACGGGUGGCGCUCUAGGGUUUUGGCCGACCCCCAAUUCCCGUUUAAGGUCCUCAUGGAGGAGUUAGUGGGUGUGAGCGCGUGCGUCCUAGGCGACAUGGCCUCCCGCCCCAAUUUCGGCCUCAACGAGCUCGAUUUCGUCUUCUCCACCCUCGUCGUGGGCUCCAUCCUCAAUUUCGUGCUCAUGUACCUAUUGGCCCCGACGAUGUCCGCCUCGACUCAAACCCUCCCGGCUUUCUUCGCGGGCUCCCCAACGAGCCACAUGUUCGAGCCUGGCCCAUACAGUCUGCUGGGAAGGUUUGGCACCUUCGUCUACAAGGGGGCCGUGUUUGCUGCGGUCGGGUUCGCUGCUGGGCUUGUGGGUACUGCCAUAUCUAAUGGGCUGAUUGCAGUGAGGAAGAAGAUGGACCCGGGUUUCGAGACCCCAAACAAGCCACCGCCCACGAUUUUGAAUGCGAUGACAUGGGCAGCCCACAUGGGCCUGAGUAGCAACCUGAGGUAUCAGACGCUCAACGGGAUUGAAUAUCUGUUGGCGAAAGGGUUCCCACCAGUGCUUUUCAAGACUUCGGUUGUGGUUUUGAGGUGCAUGAACAAUAUUCUCGGAGGGAUGUCAUUUGUGGUCCUGGCUCGGUUGACCGGGUCCCAGAGUGUGGAUGGAGGGGAAGCGAGUCGUGUUGUGGAGGAGUUGGCUGAGAGUAAGGAGAAGCUGGUGAGUGAGGUGGAUGAGCUGGAAGAUAGAGAGACCACAUCAAAGUGA